CUUGUAAAAUCAGUCCGGGAAUAUGUAUAAAACACCAUAUUUCCAUAAGAAAAAAUAUGUUUUCAAUAAUAAUUAAGGAGAACGUUAUGGCUAUAUGACAAUGGUGGAAAUAUGUGAUAAAGCGACUCGAAUUAACGAGUUCUGCUUUCAAGGUAGUGAAAUAAUAAUUUUUUACAUUUUAUCAAAUAUGCACCCGUAUAUUUGACCUACAAUAUUAAACAAUACAACUAACCGGGUUAUCUAACAACUGCAAGGUUUUUAAGGAGGUAAUACAGUCCAAUGGCAACAGCAGACGACUUGGUACAUUGUCCUAUAUGUCUAGAGAUAUAUGAUAAACCACGUGCCUUGCCGUGCUUACAUACGUUCUGUAACACGUGUCUACAAGAGUAUAUAAAUGCAGCUGCACGUGUAACGCCAGGAUUAACUGGGUUCGAGUGUCCGCUGUGUCGCCGCCACACACCAAGUCCAGGCUCGGCAAAUCAUUCUGCUUGGUCAUCUCUGUUUCCAUUAAACCAUAUCAUCGUAACUCUACUUGAUAGUAAAAAUCUAAAACCUACAAGUAAUAGGACAAACGAUACACAGGCAAAUAUAAAUACGAAUACUUCGAAGUCGAUUCCAGUAGACGAAGCUCCAACAGAGACUUUGCUUGAUGAAGAAACUGCAGGAGAUAACAGAUUUGACUUUGAAAAAGAGCAUAGAAUCUGCACGGAAGAGCAAGAAGAUUCGUCAGCGUUCCCACCUCCACCAUACUGGGCUCACCAUCCCCCAUCCCACGGAUUUCCGCCUCCACCAUAUGGACCCCCACCUCAUCAUGGACCCCCACCUCAUCAUGGACAACAUAGACACGGUCUCCGACAUCAUCCUCAUGGACCGCCAAGACAUGGACCUCCUCCUCAUGGACCUCCUCCUCAUGGACCUCCUCCUCAUGGACCUCUUGAACAUGGACUCCCUCACCACUGGCCCCCACAUGGUCACCCUAGACACAGGGGGGGUGGUUGUCAUGGAAGAGGGAGAUUUCAUCAUCCACAUUGAUCGUUGUGUGUAUACUUGAUUAAGAGACAUCUUUAAUGUAUUAAAGAAUAUUAACAUUUUAUAAGCAAUUUUGUGUUUAGCCUACAACACAUCGUAUUGUUUAAUUAACCUUAUUUGACAUGUAAUAUAUGUGGCUGUCAGUUUUAGUGUUGAAUCUCGCGUGAGAGUCAAUAUUAGUUUUGAAUCUCGUUUUAGAGUCAUUAUUAGUGUUGAAUCUCACGUGAGAGUCAAUAUUAGUGUUGAAUCUCAUUUUAGAGUCAAUAUUAGUGUUGAAUCUCACGUGAGAGCCAAUAUUAGUGUUGAAUCUCGUGUGAGAGUCUCAUGUUGAAUCUCAUCUAAAAGCCAAUAUUAGUUUUAAAUCUUAUUUGACAGCCGAUAUUAGUGUUACAUGAUAUAAAUCUUAUGUGAAAACCAAGAUUAGUUACUUUUUAA